ACGACCCCUCACCGCCCCUCUCCUUGUCGACCAAUGGUGCUCCAGAGCGUGCGGCGGGAGACUACGAGGACUUCCUUCCCAAUGCUUCCUUCAUACACAACCUUUAAUGUUAGAAAGCUCCAACAUUUCAUGAAUGAAGUACAAGCGAAGAGUGUGAAUUUAAGGGUGGUUGUUCUGCGACAAUGCGCCGCUCCGGAGCCCCCAGCCGGCUCACCGCCAACGCCGCCAAACGGCCCAGGUUCCAGCCCCCGGGAGGGUCUCUCCCCAGGUCAUCAGCACAGCCUCCGGGGCAGGCUGACCAACGGGCUCUAAACACCAAUGCCAUAUUGACAGAGCAGGCCCAGAGGGGCCUGGCCGGGCCUGCUCUUGAUGCCCCAAUGAAGCUGCCCUGGCCUGGUCCUACGGAGGAUGCUUCUCCGGGCAUGUCCAGGGCUCUGGCGAUGGUCCUCCACGCAGCAGAGUGUAAAGAGAAUGACAUGGAAGCAGACGGACAUCCUCAGGUUACACCUGUAGAGUCCGGAGCCGGGCUAGGCGGUCCUCCUCAGCUGCAUCAAGGCUCCUCUCCCAAGGCUCCACUGGGGAAGGCAGGGUCUUCAGGGGGGGUUCCAUCCGGCCCCCCCAGCACGUCCGGGGUCAGGUACUUCAAUGUGAUGUGGUGUAAAGCCAGCAAGAAGAAGCACAAGCGCUGGGAGGGGGAUGCUGUGCUUGUGACCAGAGGACGCACCGCCACACUCAAAGACAUGGAGGGCAAAGACAUCGGAAAAGGAAGUGGCUACAAGGUGUCUGAGCUUGCCGCUCUUUGUGAGGGGGAGACUCUGAUGGUCGGGGGGAAGGAGGUGGAGGUGAUGGGGGUGAUAUCUGCUGAAGACUUUGCCAAGGGCCGCUGCUUCCAAGAAGCCCACGUGGUAAAGGAAGAGGAGGGUCCCAAGUCCGGCCCGCCUCCCCCUCGGAACUCGGCCUCUAAACCGUUCUGCAGCCCCAUGCUGGGCAGAGCGGAGAACACCGGCACCAGAGGGCAGGAGGAGCAGCCGGGCAGGCCCCGCCAUGACCCCCUCGCUGCAGGUGCCUUGGUUAUGCCGCGUCCCUCCACCAAUCACCAGUGGGCCUCUAACAAGGCAGGGCUACCUGUGGUGGACGUGGUGGUGGACCCUCACCUGGUCAAUAACCUUCGACCGCACCAAAGGGAAGGCCUGCUCUUCCUCUACGAGUGUGUGAUGGGCAUGAGGGCGCCGUCCAGCAACGGGGCCAUCCUGGCAGAUGAGAUGGGCCUGGGGAAGACCCUGCAGAGCGUGGCGCUGGCCUGGACGCUGCUCAGACAGGGGCCGUACGGGGGGAAGCCCAUGGCCAAGCGUGUUCUGGUGGUGGCCCCCGGCAGCCUGGUGCAGAACUGGGGGGCCGAGUUCAACAAGUGGCUGGGCCGAGAGAGGAUCAGCGUCUACGCCGUGGACCAGGACCACAGGAUAGAGCAGUUUGUGGCCUCUCCUCUCCACAGUGUCCUGGUGAUCAGCUAUGAGAUGCUGCUGCGCUCUCUAGAGCAGGUCCAGAAGCUGGAGUUCGGCCUCAUCGUGUGUGACGAGGGCCACCGGCUGAAGAACAGCAGCAUCAAGACGUCCUCGGCCAUCAGCGGGCUCAGCUGCAGACGCAGGGUCAUCCUGACAGGUACUCCCGUCCAGAAUGACCUGCAGGAGUUCUACGCCAUCAUAGAGUUGGUCAACCCAGGCAUCCUGGGCUCCUGCGCCGCUUACAGGAAGGUGUUCGAGGAGCCCAUCCUGCGCUCGCGACAGCCCUCCUGCACAGAGGAGGAGAGGGUUCUAGGGGAAGAGCGAGCCACGGAGCUGUCCCGCCUCACCAGCAUGUUCGUCCUGCGGCGCACCCAGGAGAUCAUCAACUGCUACCUGCCGCCGCGCCACGACUGGACCCUGUUCUGCGGCGCCACCGCCCUGCAGACGGAGCUGUACCAGCAGCUGCUCGCUCACCGCGUGUUCAGGGCCUGCCUGCAGGGCUCCGGUCAGACCCACACACACCUGGCCUGCAUCACCGCCCUGAAGAAGCUCUGUAACCACCCUGGCCUGCUGCACGCCACCGUCAAGGCGAAGGCGGACAGUGGUUCCGUGGAGAACACUUUGUACGAGGGCCUGGCUGCUCUGUUCCCAGAGGACUACUCCUCAGGAGGUCUCAGUACCGCCGACUCUGGGAAGCUCCUGGUCCUGGCAGACCUGCUGACUGCCAUCAGACACCUCAGCCCGUCAGACAGGGUCGUGGUGGUGUCAAACUACACUCAGACGUUGGACCUUCUCCAGGACCUGUGUGUCCACAUGGGCUACACCUUCUGCAGAUUAGACGGACAAACACCCACCAACCAGCGGCAGCGGCUGGUGGACAACUUCAACAGCCCCUACUCCAACCACUUCCUGUUUCUGCUGAGUUCAAAGGCCGGAGGGGUGGGGCUUAAUCUAGUGGGCGCGUCCCACCUGGUUCUGUAUGAUAUUGACUGGAACCCUGCGAAUGACAUCCAGGCCAUGGCUCGAGUCUGGAGGGACGGACAGAAGAAGACCGUACACAUCUACCGACUCCUCACUGCUGGUACGAUUGAGGAGCGUAUCUUCCAGAGACAGGUGUCCAAACAGGGGCUCUCUGGCACCGUGGUGGACCUGGGCAAAGGGGCAGAGCAUACCAGCUUCUCAACCAGUGAGCUGAGAGAUCUUUUCAGCCUCGCAGACACCCCCUCUCUGACGCACGACCUCCUCAACUGUAACUGUAGCAUGGACGGAACAAUUCCGGCCAUGGAAGAAGAAGUGGAGCAGCGGCCUGAUAGGCCCUGCCAGCUGGGUCGUCUUGGAGACAGAGUAGGAGAAGGAGGCGUGUCACAGAAGCAUCUCAGCAUGUCGGAGCUGAUGCAGUGGAGGCAUUUCUCCGGGGAGACCACCACCUUCUCAGACCCCUACCUGGACCACGCGCGGAACCACAUCACCUUCGCCUUCCAAUCCACCAUGUCCCACGCAGCUCAGUGAAGACGUGAGCUACAUGGAACCACAGACACAUUUAAACGUUGGUGAGGUUUACGUGAAAACCACAGAUGAUUUUAAAGAAAAAACAGUUUGAUAUUUACACAGUGGAAAACGUAUUGCGCCUGACUUAAAUUAUUACACUGUUAUAACUCUAAUAAAACAUUUCCCCUUUGUA